GGGCGAAAAGCAGGAAGUGCUGAUUCUCCAUUGACAGUUGUGCAGGUCUGUGUUUACCACAGCAUUUAUGACCCUCUAGUGUCAAAACUUCAAGACUGAUAGCUUUUUCUUCUCAACGAAACGGAGAUUGAUCACGUAAACCGCGCUCGGAUGAACGUAUGAUCGAGGUUUGAGUGAGCUGUGAAGACGAUGAGUCGAAGCCGGAACCCUCCGCAGAAGGGACAGGGGGCCGCCAGGGCCAAACAGAUGGGACUGCUGUUGGAUUUGGCUCCUGAUGGUGGGCUGGAUGACUCUGGAGGAAAUGAGGAGGAGCUAGAGGCGGAGCUUCUGGCCCUGGUGGGAGGAGGCGGAAGGGGUGGACCAGGAGGCAAGAAAGCUGGAGGAAAAGCACCCGUGCCCAUGGAGGACAUCGAGCGGAUGGCGGCGCUGUGUAUGAAAGACCUGGAUGAUGAUGAAGAUUAUGGUGAUUUAGAGAAUGACGCUGAUUUAUUGGCCGAGUUGAACGAGGUAUUGGAUGACGAUAUGGAGGAGGUGGCGACCAAGAAGCCCCCUCCAUCACCAUCACCCCCUCAGCGCUCAAGCGCAGCCCCUCGGACCACCCCCACAUCCCAGAGUUCUCCGGGCAGCCUUGAGUCUCAUCUGCAGGAGCUCAUCGACAUGUAUCAAACGGCCAUCACGAACGCCAAGGCCGCGGGGGAGACCAGCAAAGCACGCAGAUACGACCGUGGACUGAAGACUCUGCAGUCUAUGUUGACGUCGGUUAAAAAAGGGAAGCCCAUCAACGAAGAUGAGAUUCCUCCUCCUGUGGCCACCGGUGGAAAACCCGCCUCGCAGGCUGAGCCAAUCAGAGAGCAGGAGAAACCUGCUCCGCCGUACACUCCGCCGCAGACCAAUGAGAAGCCACAGCUGGCUGCCCCGCCCAAACCUCAGCUACUACAACCACCAUCACAGCGAUCGACAGCCGUCACGCCCGAUACACCCGCCAUUUCGCCCCUGACGCCCAGCCAGCCUAAUGCACAGCACUCAGAGCUUAAAGCGAGUAUAUUAAACCGACAGAGAGAGUAUAAGCUGGCAGCCAUACAGGCUAAACAGAGCGGAAACACUGACCAAGCCAAACAACUCUACCUUGUCGCCAAGAAAUUAGACACGAUGGUUGAGGCUGUCGACAAAGGCGAGUUUGUUGAUAUCAACUCACUGCCGCCCCCUCCUGGGGAUGUUGAAGUGCCUCGUUCAAUACCUCAACAGCCGUCUUCAAAACCUGCCGCCCCUCCGACUGCACCCACUGCUGCCCCUAACACAGCUGUGUCUGCUCCUCGGAGCAUCGGGGAAGCCUUACAGCAGCGCAUGGACAAAUAUAAAGAAGCAGCAGAAAGCGCCAAGAGCAAAGGAGAUGAUCGAAAAGCGCGCAUGCACCAGCGCAUUAUAAAGCAAUAUCAAGAUGCCAUCAAAGCUCACAAGGCGGGACGGCCUGUUAAUUUAGCAGAACUUCCUGUUCCACCAGGUUGUCCCCCGCUGCAGGGUGCCGAGGCGGGGGCGCAGAAUUUUAUGGGCGUCCUGGAGACAGCCAUGAAACUGGCCAAUCAGGACGCGGAAGGAGAUGACGACGAGGAGCCAUCGCCUCAACCUGCCGUUCAGAAAUCAAGAGCUCCCGUUCCUCCAAAAGCCUCGUCCAAUGCUGGGACGCUGACUCCCACUACAAAUGCUCCUAAACUGGGGGGGAAAGCUCAGCAGCAGUUGGAUUUCCUGACGGCACGCAGGCAGCAGUUUGUGAAGGCGGCGUUGCGUUCUAAAGAGAUGAAGGACAUGCAGGGGGCCGCGCAGCACCUGAGAAACGCUAAAGGAUUGGAGCAAAUGAUCAAUGCUGCCAAGGCGGGACUUCCUGUUGACAUCACCAAGCUGCCUGCAGCUCCAGUGAGUGAGGAAGACUACAGACUGUCUCAAUCUCGAUCGUCCGCUCUCUCUCCUCGAUCGGCCGAUCAGUACGCUCAACUCAUGGAGCAGCUCAGACUUCAGCACGAGAAAUGUUUGGCCUACUCUCAGCAGUUCACACAUAUGGGGAAUGUAGCUGAAACUGCCAGGUUCGAGAAGUUGGCCGAAGAAUGCAUGAAUAACAUCGACAUAGUGAAGAAAGCUCAUGCCAAAGGGAGAUCCGUUCCCAGAUAUCACACUGAGGAGCGCACCUUCAACAAUGUCAAGAUCUUUCCUAACCUGACUGCUAAUGACCUGGUGCUGAUCGUUGUGAAAGGAAUCAACCUGCCAGCCCCUUCAGGAGGUUCUGCCAAUGAUCUGGAUGCGAGCGUGCGCUUUGAGUUUCCCUUCCCUAGCGCGGAAGAAGCUCAGAAGGACAAAACCAGCACUGUGAGAAACACGAACUGUCCAGAGUUUAAGGAGCAGUUUAAGCUGCACAUCAAGAGAGAUCACAGAGGAUUCAAAAGAAUCGUGCAAACCAAAGGGAUCAAGUUUGAGAUCGUACACAAAGGUGGUCUCUUUAAGACCGAUAAAGUUGUGGGAACCGCUCAACUGAAGUUGGAAGCUCUGGAGAACCAGUGUGAGAUCAGAGAGAUUAUAGACGUGCUGGACGGGCGUAGGGCGACCGGAGGGAAACUGGAGGUGCGUGUGAAGAUCCGUGAGCCGCUGGGCGGAGUUCAGCUGCAGCCAGUGACGGAGAAAUGGCUCGUCAUUGACCCGCUCACCACCUCGCCCGAGAAAGAGAGACAUAAAGACACAGAGAAGGAACGGCGGGCUCCUUCUCCAAGAUCCAGACCCAGGAAUGAUCAUGACAGGAACACUAAACCGAGCUCUUCUCCACAGUUUAAACUACACAGCUUCAGUCUGCUGAACCACGACAAAGAGAGGCUGGAAUGGAAGAUUAGCGAGUAUAAGAAGAACAGACGAGACACGUCAGAGCUCAUCAAGCAGCACAUGGAGGUCUGUCAGCGACUGCAGUGGCAGAAAACCUACCUGGAGAAACAUCCUGCAGCACUGACAGAAUAUGAAAAUGUGUUGCGGAAGUUUCAGCACGGUCUCGCAGAUUCCGUGAAGAAGUUUUCCAGCGAAGGCAACAGGGAAGCAGCGAAAGAUGCUCUCGGCCGAAUGAAGAUGGUGGAGAACGAGCUGGAGUCGGUCAGAAAAAAACGAGGCGUCAGAGAAUGAAGAACCGUCGAGUCUGUCUGCGGGAAAACUGUCACAGCGGUUCUUAAAUCAUAAGGAUAUUAAUCAAUACUGACGGAUGUAAUGUAGCCACAGAGGGCAACCCAACACUACAAAACACACACACACAUAAUCCAAGCACUUUUACCAUUGCUUCACUCCAUGUUUAUUUGUCUAAGAGUUCGAAACACAAGAAACACGUGCUUUUGUUUUGUUAGAAGACAUGUUUGAAUGUUCAGAGUGAGAUCAGACUCAUUUGCAAAUAUGAGGAACGAUCAUGUUUAGCGAUACCUGAAAUAUGAACAAAGAAAAAAGUCCAGGUCAUAUUUCCUAUAACCAUACGUUGUGCAAACCUUUGUGAAUAAAGAACAAAACAUACUGUGCAUCAUAUCACAGACAACAGGUAUUCGCAUAUUCCUCUCACAGCUCCAUGCCUGUAACUAAUACCACAGACAUGAAGACAACCUUUUUAUUUGAACUCAAUUUAUUUUGUAUGUUUUUGAUUUGUACACCGUUCCCACUGCCCGGCGCGUAUAAAUGCUGUUAAUCUAGCGUCUUUACAGUCAUCUGUGUGCUACAGUAGGCCGACUCCCAGAUUAGGAUUAUACCGCCGCACGCCUGUGAUAUGGGAACAAUCUGACACUCCGGGGAAGAUGUCGAGUGCAUUAGAUGGUGAAGAUCUGGGAUUAUCCGGAUACUUCAGCAGCCGUGUGAACUCGUUUCAAAAGAACAGAUGAGACCAUUUAAGCAGGAGAUCAUCGUGGUGUGGGUAUGGCUUGAUAAGAAAAACAAGGGUGUGUUGAUCAGUGUCUGGGAAAUGAAAAAAUCACACGCAGGCGUUGUGUUGGAUGGGAAGAUGCUGAGAUCAGCUGUUUUACGCAAGCUGUCUCGUCUUCUUUCAUUUUAGAGUCAAAAGGUCAUCAACUUUAACCUCAGGCUUGUCCGUCUUUGUACGCGAAAGGACUUUUUGGCUCUCCGUGCAGCGCAGAUCCACAUUUGGAUGCCAGUCUGGCUGCGUAAUGCAGUCAGUCAUUAUAUAAACUCUUUUAUGGGGGUGUUUGUGUGUUUGCUUUUUAAAAGCCAGAUAUAAAACCGCCUCGUUCCCAUGACAACCUCUUUAUUCAGACCUCUGUGGUCUUUUAGGAUGGUGUCUGAACCCCUCGCCCGCGGUCUCUCCUUCAUCGUCAUUAUCAUCCUCUCUCCUCUUCUCCAGCAUGUACAGAUGUUUUAUCAUCAUUCUGAAGGCAAUCACUGGUCUGACGCAUUCGUGUUGGAAUGAUGUUUCCGUGACGCUCUAUUUUUAAAGGCAGCAUUCAUUUCUUAAUGUGUCUACGGUGAUGGUUGUUAUGUCUAAUGUAAUAAUUAAAGAAUCGGAUCAUCAAAA